AUGCUUGUCUUCCCUACACAGCUUCUUGCCCUGGCCUCAGCCCUGCCAGUUGCCCUGGCAUGCCUGGGCUACGAAGGCGGCGUCCCAGUGGCCACGGCAUCACACUCGAACUCGGCACCCAUCACCGUGAAGUCGGGCCAGGUCUACGACUGCGGGUGGGCCAGGUACGAUCGCGGCUCAGGCGCGUGCGGUAAUGGGGAGGGAGGCGAUUCUGAUGCCGUGUUCCUGGUUCAGGCCGGUGGAACACUUCGGAACUGCAUCAUUGGCAAGAACCAGAUGGAAGGAGUUCACUGCCUGGGUGCUUGCAACCUGGAGUUUAUUUGGUUUGAGGAUGUGUGCGAGGAUGCUAUCACAAUUAAAGGAGACAAGGCAGGCCAGGAAUCCUGGAUUGUCGGUGGUGGCGCAUACAAGGCGAGCGACAAGAUUGUUCAACACAACGGCUGCGGUACCGUGAACAUCAUCAACUUCUACGCGAAUGAUUAUGGAAAGGUCUACCGGUCGUGUGGCAACUGCUCCAGCCAAUGCAAGCGCAACGUCUACAUCGAGGGCACCACAGCCCGCAAAGGAGGAGAGGUCUGCGGCAUCAACUCCAACUACGGCGACACUUGCACGCUGAAGAACGUCUGCACCGACGCCUCGCACCCCUGCACCCUGUACAACGGUUGCGCGGGCGGCUGCGAGCCGUCGAAGGUUGGGUAUUGCUCGGGCUGA